GUAAGUGCACCUUUUCCUUCCUUUACUGAUCCCGCCUAUUUUGUUAGGAGAGAGAGGGAAGGGGAUUUAGAGAGAGACAGAGAGGGGGAGAGAGCCUCACUGACUUGCAACAGCAGCAGCAGCAGCAUGCAUGUGGAGCAAGGAGUCCGCGGACCGGCGCUCACGUCCCAGCAGAGAAGUCACUGCACCGCCCGGAGACCAGAGACGGCUCUAGAGUCGAGGAUAGUCAAUUAAGAAGGAAAGCUCUGAAAAAAGUGAACUUGGAAAAGAAACCUUGAGACAGUACAGACGGAGCGUUGGAACACUGUCUUCAACCAUUCACAUCAUUCGUGGUCUUGUUUUAUUUGAAAUAAGUACCGGUGUUUUAGGAACUUCCUAGCCAGCAGAGGAGCGCAGGCUGCCGCACUGCUCCUCUCUGAACGCGGACAACCAUGCAUGUGCUCUUCUGGGGCUUGCGGGUCCUGCUUUUCCCACAGCUCCUGAACCUAGCAGCAUCUGCAGGGAGUUCACUCUGGAGUUCCAGCCCAGCGAAAGAGAAAUUGGGUGCCUAUGAAAUUGUAACGCCGGUGCGGGUUAAUGGAGCCGGUGACAAAUUUCCUAACAGUGUUCAUUUCAAGAGGAAAAGACGGAGUCUUGAAGAAGGCGCGGAGGAUAGUACAGAUCAUUGGGCCUCACCAGACAUCCACUACAGGAUAUCUGCCUUUGGACAGAACUUUGACCUCAACCUUACGCUGGACUCGGGAUUUAUUGCACCUUUGUACACUGUGACAAUACUUGGAAUACCCCAAAGGGAUAACCUAACGGAUUCUACUGGAGACAAAACAGAUGAGGAGGACACUGAGUUAAAGCACUGCUUUUAUAAAGGACAUGUAAAUGCAAAGUCUCAACACACUGCAGUCAUCAGUUUGUGCUCUGGACUGCUUGGCACUUUCAGGUCUCCAGAUGGGGAAUAUUUUGUGGAACCCCUACACAGCUAUGAAGGAGAACACUAUGAAGAGGAACACACAAAACCUCAUAUUGUUUACAAGAAGAUUGUCAUGACAAAACAGACGUCUGAAGAAAACUCGGCUUGUGACACUUCAGGACACAAACACAAACAGAAAAGGCACAAGCCGAGGAGACGACCAGUGGCCGCGGGGACCACUGUGUCUGACGCAGCUCCUGUGGUCAGCGCUGGUAUGUUCAGUGACUUGGAGUCACUGAGUUCAGGCCUGGCUGACAAGGCUUUACUCGGAUCAACAGAGAGUGGCGACGGCGGCACCGGCUCUAGACCGUCAAAUGAUAGCAGUGGCGACUCAGGACCUCACAGGAGAUCAAAACGCUUCCUCUCCUACCCGCGCUUCGUUGAAGUCAUGCUGGUGGCCGACAGUAGAAUGGUGGAGCAUCAUGGCAGCAACCUGCAGCACUACGUCCUCACGUUAAUGUCCAUCGUGUCUUCUAUCUACAAGGACCCCAGCAUCGGCAACCUGAUCAACAUUGUGAUUGUGAAGUUAGUCAUAUUAAACAACGAGUUGGAUGGUCCGGCGAUUUCUUUUAAUGCACAGACCACUUUAAAGAACUUCUGCAUUUGGCAGCAGAGCCAGAACACGCAGGACGACAGCCACCACUCACAUCAUGACACUGCCAUUCUCAUCACCAGACAGGACAUUUGCAGAGCAAGAGACAAGUGUGACACCUUGGGUCUUGCAGAGUUGGGCACGGUGUGUGACCCGUACAGGAGCUGCAGUAUAAGCGAGGACAGUGGACUGAGUACUGCAUUUACCAUUGCUCAUGAACUUGGCCACGUGUUCAACAUGCCUCAUGACGACAGCCUUAAGUGCAGGGAGGACGGAGUUAAGAUUCAGCAGCACGUGAUGGCUCCCAUGCUCAACUACAACACAAACCCUUGGAUGUGGUCCAAGUGUAGCAGGAAGUACAUCACAGAGUUCCUUGACACAGGAUACGGUGAAUGCCUGCUGGACGAACCUCUCUCUACGCCGUACAGUCUCCAGCAGCAGCUGCCUGGACAGAUAUACAGCGUCAAUAAACAGUGUGAAUUGAUAUUCGGGCCGGGAACACAGGUGUGCCCAUACAUGACCCAGUGCCGGAGACUGUGGUGCACCAGUCCAGAGGGGGCCCAGCAGGGAUGCAGGACCCAGCACAUGCCGUGGGCAGACGGCACUGACUGUGCCCCUGGGAAACACUGCAAGCAUGGCUUGUGCAUAGUCAAAGACCAUGAUGCUGCGCCCGUGGAUGGGUCCUGGGGAGUCUGGAGUCCAUUUGGGACUUGCUCACGAACGUGCGGUGGCGGGAUCAAGAGCGCAGUACGGGAGUGCAACAGACCUGUGCCCAGGAAUGGAGGAACGUUUUGCGUUGGACGUCGGAUGAAGUUUCGAUCCUGUAACUCUGAGCCCUGCUUCAAACAGAAGAGAGACUUCAGGGAAGAGCAGUGCGCUCAUUUUGACGGCAGACACUUUAACAUCAACGGUCUACCUCCUAAUGUUCGCUGGGUGCCUAAGUACAGUGGAAUCUUAAUGAAGGACAGGUGUAAGCUGUUCUGCAGGGUGGCGGGCAGCACGGCCUAUUAUCAGCUCAGGGACAGGGUUAUCGAUGGCACGCCAUGUGAACCUGACACCAACGAUAUCUGCGUCCAGGGCCUGUGCCGGCAAGCGGGCUGUGACCACGUGUUGAACUCCAAAGCCAGGAGAGACAAAUGUGGGGUGUGUGGAGGUGACAACUCCUCCUGUAAAACUGUGGCAGGAACCUUCAACACAGUCCGCUACGGCUAUAAUGAAGUGGUGCGGAUACCCGUUGGUGCUACAAAUAUAGAUGUGCGUCAACACAGCUACUCAGGGAAACCAGCGGACGACAACUACCUCGCCAUAUCGAACAGCCGUGGAGAGUUCCUGCUCAAUGGGGUGUUUGUGGUCAGCAUGUUCAAAAAAGAAGUCAAAGUAGGAAAUGUUGUCAUCGAGUACAGUGGCUCUGAGAACGUCGUAGAAAGAAUCAACUGUACCGAACGCAUCGAGGAGGAGAUCGUUGUCCAGGUUCUGUCUGUGGGAAACCUGUACAACCCAGAUGUCAGGUACUCCUUCAACAUCCCUAUCGAGGACAAGCCUCAGCAGUUCUUCUGGGAUGCCUAUGGGCCCUGGCAGGAGUGCAGCCGCCUUUGCCAAGGUGAACGGAAGAGAAAGAUUCUGUGCAGCAGAGAGUCCGACAGGGUGGUGGUGUCAGACCAGAGGUGUUACAGUACGGCCAGACCUUCUGCCAUCACGGAGCACUGCAACACUGAGUGUGAACUUAGGUGGCACGUGGCUCGUAAGAGUGAAUGCACGGCCCAGUGUGGUCUGGGAUAUCGUACCCUGGACAUAUACUGUGCUAAAAUCAGCCAUGCAGACAGUAAGACCCAGAAGGUGGACGACCGUUACUGCAGUGGUCAACAGAGACCAGAGGACAAGGAGAGCUGCCAUGGAGACUGCAACCCCGGAGGAUGGGAGUACUCGCAGUGGUCAGAGUGCUCCAAGAGCUGCGGCGUUGGCAGCCGCCGCCGAGGAGCCGCGUGUCGAAAGGCGUCUGAGGCCGGAGGUGACGAGAGCAAAUGCAGCCAAAGAGAGAAGCUAACCGUCCAACCCUGUAAUGAGUUCCUCUGUCCACAGUGGAAGACUGGUGACUGGUCUGAGUGCCUGGUGACUUGUGGGAAAGGCUACAAGCAUCGUCAGACCUGGUGUCAGUUCGGUGAGGAGCGUCUGGAUGAUCGUUUCUGUGACUCCUCAAAACCUGAGUCGGUGCAGACGUGUCAGCACACGGGAAUUGCCUCCUGGCAGGUCGGCCCCUGGGGACAGUGUACCACCUCCUGUGGACCAGGUUACCAGAUGAGAGCGGUCAAGUGUGUUGUUGGUUCAUACGGCGCUGUCGUGGACGACACUGAAUGUAACGCUGCUACCAGACCCACUGAAACACAGGACUGUGAGCUGGCUCAGUGUCCCAGCACUGACCCAGUUCCUCCAGAGAUCAAAGUCCCCUCUCAUCAGGACCAUAAGACCCAGUGGAGGUUUGGCUCCUGGACUCAGUGUACGGCCAGCUGUGGCAAAGGUACCCGCAUGCGCUAUGUCAGUUGUCGGGACAGUCAAGGUGGUGUAGCCGAGGAGUCGGCCUGUGCCCAUCUACCCAAACCCCCGGCCCGAGAGGUGUGCUCGACAGUCGCCUGUGGCCAGUGGAAAGUGAUGGAAUGGACGGCGUGCUCAGUGUCAUGUGGCCAAGGCAAGACAACGCGGCAGGUACUGUGCAUCAUCAACGACCAGGAAGUGAGUACCAGCGAGUGUGAUCCAGAUGACCGACCAGCCGCCGAGCAGGACUGUGCCAUGGCUCAAUGCCCAACCCGCUCCAGUGAGUUCAGGCCAGUACCGUCCUCACCAAACACCAGCACUAGGAACAACCUACCCCGCAGCCAGGCCCACCAAUGGAGGACUGGACCCUGGGGCGCGUGUUCCAGCACGUGUGCCGGAGGUUUCCAGCGGCGUGUUGUUGUCUGCCAGGAUGAGAACGGCUACCAUGCCAACAACUGUGAGGAUCGAAGUCGACCCAGUGAGCAGCGAUCCUGCGAGUCCGGACCCUGUCCACAGUGGGUCUACGGAAACUGGGGAGAGUGCACCAAGCUCUGUGGAGGUGGCAUAAAGACGAGGCUGGUGGUGUGUCAGCGACCCAAUGGUGAACGUUUCAGCGAUCUGAGUUGCGAGAUCCACGACAAGCCUCCAGAUAACGAGCAGUGCAAUACUCAGCCGUGCCCGUCUGGCCCCCACUGGAGCACAGACCCAUGGAGCUCGUGUUCAGCCUCGUGUGGAAGAGGCUUCAAAUCCCGCAAGGUGAGCUGUGUGACCGGGUCAGGACGUGCAGUCCCGGAGGAAAACUGUCAUCACCUGUCGGCCAAACCCAGCAAGCAGAAGCGCUGCCGAGGCGGACAAUGCCCCAAGUGGAAGACGGGCAACUGGGGAGAGUGUUCCUCUUCCUGUGGGGAUGGCGUCCAACGCAGGGAGGUUUUCUGUUAUCUCCCUGACCAGCAGAGUUUACCAGAGAGCAGCUGCUCUCAGAAAUCCAGACCGUCAUCUACUCAGAGCUGCAGACUGCCCGAGUGUCCGAGCCGGUACCGAUGGAAAGAGGGAGAGUGGCAGACGUGCACCAAGUCCUGUGGAUCAGGCUACAGGCGACGAACGUUGCAGUGUGUGGACAGCCAUCAGCAGGAGGUCCAUGAGAUGUACUGCGUGAACCAGAUCAGACCUCCAGACAUAGAGAGCUGCAACGUUCAUGCCUGUGAAUUCAUCUGGAUCACAGGAGAAUGGACCCAGUGCUCGGCCAGCUGUGGUCAGGGCUACCGCCAGCGUCUGGUCUCCUGCAGUGAAGUGCAUGUGGAGAACGACAACUAUGAGUACGGCCAUCAGUCUUUGUCCAACUGCCCCGGCACUCCCCCCGAGAGCUACAUGCCUUGUAAUCUUGGACCUUGUCUGCCCCCACAGGACUGGAGGGUUGGAAUCUGGGGAGUGUGUUCAGUCAGCUGUGGUGAUGGAGUGAUGGAGAGGACAGUGCGGUGUGUGUCCACAGACGGUCAGGAAGGCAGUACUUGUCCUCUGGACACCAGACCGGAAGCCAGGAAAGUCUGCAAAAAUCCAAGCUGCUAUCUACCGUCCAGCUGUCAGGAGGUCCAGAGCAUGAAUGGUCUCCUCCCAGAUGGAGAACACUUUCUGAAGAUUCAAGGAAAAACCCUCAAGGUAUUUGAUCAUCUCUGGUACUGUACAGGAAUGCAGUCAGACUCUCCACAGGAGUACGUCACCUUAAUGACAGGAGAAGGGGAGAACUUCUCUGAGAUAUUUGGCUUCAGGCUCAACGACCCGACCCAGUGUCCAGCAAAUGGCUCCAGACAAACAGACUGUGACUGUCGGAGGGACUACACGUCUGCUGGCAUCACCACCUUCUCCAAAGUCCGUCUGGAUAUCGUCAAGAUGAACAUUAUCACGACAGACUGGCAGUUCGCUUUGACUCCAGAAGGCAAGAACAUUCCAUUCGCCACGGCUGGUGACUGCUACAGCGCCGCCCGCUGUCCACAGGGCCAGUUCAGAGUCAACCUGUCAGGGACCGGGUUAAAGGUGGCAGGUGGUGCCUCCUGGAUCUCACAAGGCAACUAUGCUGUGGCUGAUGUGCGACAAUCACAGGAUGGCAGCAGAGUGUCAGGAGUAUGCGGAGGCUACUGCGGUAAAUGUACACCGUCCUCUGGCUCCAGUUUAGCUGUAACAGUGGCAUGAUAACCACGUACUAUCGUUCAGCGUUCAUUCCCAGUCAUGUGAGCAGUCCUCUCAUCAGGUGAUCUCCACUCAUCCCUCUUCUCUGUUGCUACACCUUGAAUCCGUCCAUAACGUGACCUCCUCUCCUAAGACCACAUUGUGCAUAUUGUAAAUAAAUCUGGUGUAAGUACUGUACAUAUCAGGACUGAAAAUGUCUUAUUUAUUUAUUUUUAUUCACAUUUAUUUUUGUAUUGGAGUGUACUGCUAUUUAACUCUUGUUUCGUCAAUGGUGAACAUCACACACUGUUACCGUUUUGUGCCUUCAGUUUGCUUAUUCCACUGCAUAGGUUGUGUAUAUCAAAUAUACAUAGCCGGGAAACUAGAUGUGAAGCAGUAAACCACAAGGGGCAACCCAACGGUUGCGGACUAGACGUCAGAACAUUGUGAUUUUUGUGAGUGAUACAUGGCAGCAGCUAAAAACCUCUUGGAAGCAGCUCAAAUAUUUUAUUUUGAAUUUACUUUUUCAGUGUAUUUAGAGGAAAAUAGAUAUUAAAACACAAGAGACAGGAAAAAAACAUGACGUGAUGGACUGUUACCUGCAUCAUUAAUAAGUAAUUUGAAGUUAAUUUGAAUUUAUUUGUUGUUCUUUUGUUGUACUGUGUCUAUGUGUCUGGAAUCGUUUGGAUAAAAAGCACAGGUGCUGCAUUGCACAUACAUUUACAUACAUUUCUGAUAAAUUUGAUCAGUAACUCCUUUAUCUUGUUUGUCACUUUUGUACUUCACUCAUGGAGCGCCCAUAUUUACACAAAGCCGUGUGUGUUGCCUUUGAGUGCUGUUUCACUAUACUCUCUCUGAGUCCAAAAGAAUUUCCAUUUUACACAAACAGUCUAAACUCUCUCUCUCUCUUUUUUUUCUCUUUCUCUCUCUCUUUCUCUCUCUCUCUCACACACACACUACUUACUCAUGAGUAAAGGAUGGAAGGUCAGAAAUAAAUGUUCCCAGAUGGCAGAGUGAUGUUGAUUCCUGUAGAUCAGGCAUUCAGGUGUAAAGGAAAUGCCAUUAGCUCCACAGUUUUACCACACAGGCAGCUUUACUUAUCAGAAGGAGCCUGGAAAGAAUUUCUGGCUGGAAGAGAUAAAAUGUGGACAGAGUCUCAGCUGUAACACAGCCACAGAGUCCACAGGUCUCGUGGCAUUAGUCCUGUCCAGAUGCUGCCUGUAAACCAUUGUCUCAUGUACCUCACAUUGUUCUCUUCAUAUUUUUGUAUUUUUUUAUAUAUAUAUGUAUGAAACUUUGUCCAAACUGUAUAUACUCAUUAAUCCUGUUAAGAGUUGACUGACUUGUUGUUAUUGUGAAAACAUCAGGGUACUGUUUAUUUUGGUAAUAUGUAUGUUUUUGCAUCUCCUUAAAGGGACAUGUCAGGUGCUUUGGAAGUGGAGUGGUAUGAGGUACUGACAAACACUGAGCAAGACAGACUCACCUGCCACUUCAAUAAUUUACAUGUACCAGGGCUGUUUACUGUCACACAGAUACUCAGCUACAUGAGUGGAUGAGUGCUACCAGGCAAAACUGUAUAAAGGACAUUAUACACACACAAAAGUUAGAAAUAAACGUGGUUUAAACCACUGAUAGAGACAAUAUUGAAUUAGCAUAGUGGAUGAAUGCUAAACAACACAACUCUAACAUUAGUUUCUAGUCAAAGAUGGCUGCCUUCACUGCACCACCAUCUUAUGUCAUUCAACUAAUUGUCAGUACCUCAUAAACACACAUUUUUACAAUUGUGAACUUUACACGUAUUCAGUGUCAUGGAGUAAAAAAACCCAACAACAAUUAUUUACAUUUUGACCCUAAAGAUCAUAUAAGGUGAUUAUAGAGCCUGUACAUUCAUAUAUAAGCCAUAAUUCUUUUC